UCAGUCUUCCCCAGUUGGAAAGUGGUACUCAAUACAGAAGGUCCCCAUUGUCACACCGACAAGUACCAUUUCACGUCUUACAUCUGUAUGAUCUUCACCCACUCUUAUGAUGACUGAAGACUGAAGACAUCUAGUUUCACUUGUAGCGGUUCUGUUCAGAGCAGUGGGUGACUGUGUUUUUGGUUCAAGUUCAAAACGUGCUUCGGUGUAGUUCAGGUUGAUUCAGGUUUCGGGUAGUGGAUUUAUUAGUAUAAAUGGCUUAGUACCGCAAUUUUGUGCGUAAUAAACUAGAUUAAUGUGGUGUUAGUCUAUGAUGGAAUUACUGGGUGCAUACAAUUUCAGUGACUUACAUCAUUAACUCUACGUAAUGAAAUGAGGCAGAUGCAGUUGGCGACAAAGAAAUGAAGACAAUUUUACCUAUAGUGACACUAGUUCUUCUAUACUCCCAAUGGUGUACUGCCAACAAAACCGCAUCUACAGACAUAGUAUUAGCACAACCAAAGAAAUUGACAUUAUACAAUUUAGCCGUCAAACGAAUGAUGUCUAUUUGGGACAAUUUAACAGGAAAGGGGAGCACAGAAAGUUUUAUUGGUCGCUGUUUUGGGGCGGCAAGAAAACUCAAGAUGAUGAUGCCACUGAUCAUAUUCAAACUUGGCGUGAUAGUGACCAUUUUGAUGUUCCUAACAAUUUUCUCGAUGAAGAGUCUGGGUCUUCUUCUUUUCCUCGUCAUGUUGAAUGUCGGAGGAAUCGCCUCAAAGCUGACCCUACUUCUCAAGCAUGGAGUUGGAGGUGGACACACGCCGCCCCAAAACGUGCACUUUCACAUACAUCCGGGAAAGGACGGGUUCCACACAGCACCUAGUGGACCAUGGGAUAGGACUGAUGAUAUGGAUUCCUCGGAAAAAUACAAUUUGUACAAUAAGUUGCUGAAAAACACCAACUAUAACUUAUUGUAUAAUUCUAGAUAAUUUUAGUUAAAUUAUUAUUAUUUAUUGUAAAA